AUGGAGGUCGGAGAGUGGCAGCUGAUCAAGCCCAAGAGGGAAGAUCCAGGGAGCCGGUUCCUGCACACGGCGGUGGUGUGGAACGAUGAGAUGGUGGUGUAUGGAGGUUUUGUUGGUGCUGUAGGGAGAAGAGGGACGUGGAGCUUGAAUUUGAAAGAUCGAGAGUGGAGGCAGCUCAGCACUGACGGUGAAGAGCCUGAGCGCCGUGAGGAACACUCCGCCAUCAUGUGGCAGGAUGAGAUGAUUAUUUUUGGCGGUGCUGGCGGAGGGAAACAUGUGUGUGACACCUGGGCAUUGAACCUUCGAAGUCAAAAGUGGAAGCGGUUGGAGCCCAAGGGCGAAGUGCCAAAAGGACGAUGUAGGCACUCGGCAGUCUUGUGGAAGGAUCAGAUGAUAGUGUUUGGAGGCUUUGAUGGAAGCAGCGGUUUGAGCGACACCUGGACCUUGGGGUUGAAAUUGCAAGAGUGGACUUUGCUGAGGCCUAUGGGAAAACUUCCAGGAGCGCAUAGCGGACAUUCUGCUGUGGUGCUUUCAGAUCAGAUGUUUGUUUUUGGUGGCCACUCAGGUGGAGCAUCCAACAACAUUUGGUGUUUGAAUUUUCAAGCUCCAGAAUGGAUGCUGCUGAACAUCACCGGCGACAUACCGAAGCCACGCCACAACCAUUCUGCUGUUUUGCUCGGCAACCACAUGAUCGUUUUUGGUGGAGAGGGUGACCAUGGUUUCAACGAAACAUGGAGUCUUGACCUGACCAACAACAAAUGGAAGAUGCACAGUUUGGGCAACCUGCCAACGGAACGGAGCAAACACCCCGCGGUUGUGUGGCAGCACGAAAUGGUCAUAUUUGGAGGUGCUGGCGGUGGCGGAGGAAGCAUGAGGAACGAUACCUGGUCUCUGCGGCUGGUGCCGCCGUCCUCCCGCACGCCCCUGGCCCUCGCGACCACGCCGCGCCGACCUACGCCGCGGGGCGACGGCCUGGCGCCGACGCCGCGGGAGGAGGUGGGACUCGCAGCGGCGAUGGGCGCGGUGACCGACCCGAUGGUGGAAGAGGCCUGCCAAGCGAUGGCCACGAUGCCGGGCAACGCGGAGGUUCAGAAAUGGGGAUUGUUCACUUUGACCUACAGCAAGGGACACGAGCGAGCUGCUGCUGAAGCCAAAGCUGCCAAGUUGAUCGUCGUGGCCAUGAAAGCUCAUGACAAGCAUCCGCAGAUCCAGGAUUGGGGCAGCGUAGCACUGGCUGUUUUCUGUGCUGGAGCGGAUCCCGAAAGCUGUCAGCGCAAGGAGGAGGCCAUGUUGGAGGGAGCGCUGGAGGUUCUGGUGACGGCGACCUCCAUGGCGAAGGCCAAGCGCGCGGCCCUCGGAGCACUGGGCACGCUGUUCUGCGGAGAAGAUGCUGGACGCGCGGAGCGCGUGAGGCGCGUGGUGCAAGCUGGAGUGCCGGCGCUGCUGAGAGAGGCGCUGAACGAUGACGACAGCUCAAGGACGAUUCGGAAGGUCUUCAGCGCGCUGGCUGAGCUGGCCAAGGCGGCUCCAGAGGAGCUGCCAGCAGAGACGAUCGAGUUUGUGGAGCGCACCUUGGCCGCCCACAGCGACUACGAAGAAAUCCAGCGGUUGGGGCAGCAGAUCCUGCUCGCCGCUCCGCAGAGGGAAUGUCCCAAGGAGAAUCCGACCUACUGGUCCGGCCACAUCAGUGAGGAGGGCUGGACGGCCUGCCCUGUGACGGGCGACACUUUGAACACUCUCAGGAAGAUGUUCGUCGUGGACCAGCCUGGUGAACUGGGCAAGGGUCGAGACGCCGACAGCUAUCCCCGGAAGUACAACGCCCUGCGGGUGCAUUGUGCGUGGCGCGUCGAGCACCAGGAUUGCUGGGAGUCCUAUGUGGUUGAACGAUCGAAGGCGCAGAAGACCCUGAGACGACUCCGAGAGAAAGGAAUGCCGGUGCCGCCGUGGCAGAGCAAGAUUCAGGACGUCUCCAAGAAUUUGCCCGGCGCUACGUACGUGCAUGAAGCCGGUGAGCGGUUCUUGCUGCACGGAUGCAGCCCCGAAGUGCUCUUGGAUAUCCUCCACAAUGGCUUCGAUGACCGGGUGACGAAGAAGGGAAUGUUCGGAGCGGGAUGUUACUUUGCAGAAGACCCGGAGAAGAUUGACCAGUACGUUCGCCCUGACCCACAUCACAAUGCCCCUGGUCUUGAAGAGCUUCACUCUCGCCUCUACACUGACGGGAACUCACAUCCCGAUGGAGAUGUCUUCUAUUGCGUGGUGGCCCGAGUCGUUUGUGGCGCUUGCAUCGAAACCAAAGGUUUGGACCGCAGCGCCCCAACCAAGGACGCCGCGAGCGGCCAAGAGAUCUUCGUGAAUGGCGACCUGAAACAGUUGGUCUCCAUCCCGGGCAUCACACCCUCCGUGCGCUACCAGACGCUGCUGGUGAAUUUGGCCAGCGAGGGACCGCUGGGGCGCUGCGUGAUGCGCUUCAGAGAGUUCGUGUCCUUCAAAGGAGCGAGCUGCGAUCUACCCGGAGUACUUGAUUGCUUUUGUGAGGGAGUCGACUUGAUGCUGAAAGCACCGAGUGGCCACGAGGGAGAGCUUCAGACCUCCCUGGCCAAAGGGUGCUGGUGGGCCGAGAAGAAUGAAGAGACCCAGCUGGAUUAUGCGGCCUUGGAAGAUUGUGGCUUGCAGCCGAAGAAAGCCUUGGUAGUGAUCAACUACUUCAACAAGCAGCUGCCGGACCUCACAUCAGUCUCGGAGUUGAACACAUACUGCCGUGGCUACUUGAAAAAGUUCAAGGAGGCCUACUUUGUGAUGCUUCACUAUGAAGACGGCAUCAACAAGGAGAACAUGAACUUUGAGGAGCUCUACAGGUACUACAGCACCUUGGGAGAGAAGGAAAAGGCCACCUAUCAAAAGCAGAUCAGUGAGUUGGAAGCGAAGGAUCAGGAUGGCCUCAAGGUGGAGCAUGAGGUUUGGACGUCUCUGGGGGUGAACGCUGCCUUGGAUGCCAUGCAACAGAAGUUGUCGAGUUGGAUGGAGGAGAAUCGCAAGACGGUCUUGAGCAUCUUGAAGGGGAAGAAGGAGGACUUGCUGUGCGAAGUGGAAAAGCUGGAAAAGGCUCUUGGCCCGCAGGGCGAUGAAGAGCUCCGUGUGGCCCUCCAGGAGUACAACAGCGAGUUCCAGCAUGCCAUGAAGGUGGUCUUCGAGGGCGACAACAACUGUAGCCAAUCCAAGCCGAAGCAGGACAGCCGCUAUUCGAAGCAAUAUGUCUGGGCCUUCGACACGAAGGAGGUGAGCCGCACCUUCGAAGAGGAGUGGGUGGAGACCUAUCUACGCCUCCGCGCCGAGUUGAAGGACCAAUCGCUUUUCCCCGACUUGGAGGACUUGCGCGAGAAGCUCAAGGACACCUACACAGGCAAUAUGCUGGAUAUGCGUUUGCGGCCUCAUGCUGCCUUCAACCGCAUCAUGAAAGUCUCCAGCUUUGUCAUCAUGCAGUACCCCAUGCGAACUCUCACGAAGCAAGAGAUGUACAGCAAGAGCGGACAUUCCAAUGAUGGUGUGACCGGAAGCUUUAACCCUCACAAGGUCUUGAAGGGCAUGGUCACUGAGAGGCUGUUGGACUUGCAGGACAUCGUGGAGGUGGUCUUGGAACACAUCCAUAACAUCUAUGAGGCUCCGGUGACGCGGGUGCAUGAGAUGCUCACCGACCGGCACACGGCGGUGAAAUGCCAUCCGAAGUUCAGGGAGAAGUUCACCGCGAAAUACCAGGAGAUUUUGGAGCAACAGCUCUCACAAGCCAACCAGUUCUUGCAGCGGCUCAUCAAUCAGACCACUGCUUGCGCGCCGGCAGACCUCAACACACGGUUGAUCUCCCUGCUGGGCAUUACCCCAAAGAGCCAGGCCCAGGACUCGAGUCCGGAGCGGGUUGAGGCGAAUGCCAGUGAUGUGCCUGAGCGUGUGGGUAAGCAUCGAGAGGCGGUCAAGGAGGUGCAGAAGACCGUCGAGACUUGGAAAGGGAGGUUCAACGUCAUCGAUUUCGUGGAAGGCGGCUGCGAUGACUUGCCCUUUGGGGAGUAUCGGAGCGUCGAUGAGAAGCGGCUGAACGACUGCGCAGAGCGCAUCUUCUUGCAGCUGAAAGGAAUGAUUGUCCUCCAGCUGGAGGGAGCUUUGAACUAUGACGUCUAUGCCUUUCUGCAGGGGAAGCUGUUGAAUGACAUGCACUCAGAGAUGGCACAGUGGAUUCGUCAGCUGAUGGACCAUGCGCAGGAGCUUAAGGAGAUGUUGUCAGGUUCGGAGGAGCUCAAAGCCCAGCUACGCAUGAAGAAGGAGGAGCUGAGCCUUUGUGAGGAAGCCUUCGAGAAGUUGGACCCCACGGGCGCCUUUGAAAGCCGUUGCCGCCAAGCGGACCGCGCGACCCUCCUGGCGGCGCAACACGCUCCAAAGCCCGCGCCACUGCCGGUGAGCCAGUCCAAGCUACUGGAGGGUGAGUUGGACUUGGGUUUGAAGCUGUCCAAGUUGAAGGGGCCCUGGCUCUGCGACCUCCGCGAGGCGGCCGAGCAGGAUCUGCUGGGAGAUCUCAAUGGGCGUCCGCAGAUGGUCACAGUGGACAGCCAAGUGGUGGGCGAUCGACUGCGCUAUUGGCUCACGCUGAAGCCAGACGCGGAGAAGGAGACGCUGGAGCGCAUUGAGCAAGCCCAGACGUCCGGCUACCCCAGGGCCAAGGCGGUCUACCAGAAGUUCACUAAAGGUGGCCCUGGUGAUGACUCGGCUCCAAUUGCGGCGCCGGCCCCGCCCCCCUCCGGGGCUUCUCAGGGGCGCAUCUGGAGCCGGACGCCGUGA